CCCGUCCCUCCCGGGGGUGUUCCCGUUCCCCCCCGGUUCCUGCCCCCCCGCCCGGGCCUGCCUGGAGGAUCGCUUAAUUCGGGGCUUUAUCCACAAACACUCCCGGGCUAAAAAUAUCCCGAGGCGCGGGCGCGGCGCUCCCGGCCGGAGCUGCUUUGCCUUUUUUGACGGGAUCGCGGCCGGGGCAGCGCCCGGGGCUCGGGCCACCGUCACUGGUGGCACCUGAGCCUCGGGGACACGGCCCUGGGGACCGAGGUGCCGGGGAGCGCGGGUCCUGGGGAUCCCAGAGCCUGGGAAUUCCAGCUCCAGGGAAUUCCAGCUCCUGGGAAUUCCAGCUCCUGGGAAUUCCAGCUCCAGGGAAUUCCAGCUCCUGGGAAUUCCAGCUCCUGGGAUCCCCGACUCCUGGCGGCCCCAGCUUGCUGAGAUUCCAGCUCCAGGGAAUUCCAGCUCCUUGGGGACCCCUUGGAAUGGAUGAGGGGCCACGAGUGGCUCCUCAGUGGCCGUGAGCUGAUGAGUUUCCUCCCGCUCCGCUGACGACGGAUGGGGGCCGGGCGGGGCGCCGGGGGGGCAGGAGGCGGCUGCCCACGGGCCCCGGCCGGGCACAGGGAGGUGCCCACCCACCCCCGGAGCCGGGACCCCCCCGGCCCCCCCGGCCAUGGAGGGACCCUCGGUGCUCGGCCCCUCCUCGUGGCAGAGGCGCCGCGCGUGGGCCCGGCAGAGCCGGGGCUGGCGCAGCCCCGAGGGCGAGCGGGAGCAGGAGGAGGAGGAGGAGGAGGAGGAAGAGGAGGACGAGGAGGAGGAGGAGGAAGAGGAGGCCGCUGGCCCCUGGGGGCCGCCACCACAGCGGGACCGCGCUGUCCUGGAAGGAGGUCUCUGCUGCAGGGUCCGGACGUGGCUGCAGGACUGCGGGGCGGCAGCGCUGGACGAGCCGGGACCGCCGGGACCCUGCGGCUGUGGCAGCAGCGGGACGAGCCUCGAGGACGAGCUGAGCCUGGGAGCUGAAGCCCUGCUGCUCCCGGGGAGCCCCCAGGCCGCGGGCAGGAGUCAGUGGGAGCGGCGGCUCAAGCCUGGGGACAGCGCGGCCUCCAGUGUCCCCUCCAGUGUCACCUCCAGUGUCCCCUCCCCGCGCAGGGCUCCCCACCUGAGCCCUGGGGACAGCACGGCCUCCAGUGUCCCCUCCAGUGUCCCCUCCAGUGUCCCCUCCAGUGUCCCCAGCAGCUGCAGCCUGGCCGCGGUGCUGGCCUGGUGGCAGUCGGACGCCGAGGAGAUCCUGCACAACCUGGGCUUCGUGGGGAGCGACCCGGGGGUCGCGUCCCGGGUCCCCCCCCGCUUCUUCUCGGGCCCGUCCCGCGCCAGCGGCAUCGACCUCGGGCUCUUCCUGCGGGCCCAGGCGCGGCGCCUGGAGCUGGAGGAUCCCUGCCUGCUGCUGGCCAGUCGCUUCCAGCAGGUCCAGGCCCUGGCUGCCACCGCCGACGCUUUCUUCUGCCUCUACUCCUACGUGUCGCGGACCCCCCUGCGGCGCAUCGCGCCCCCCCGGCCCUGUCGCGACAUCCCCGACAGCGCCGAGCCCCGCGGGGCGCGGCCCGGGGAGCGCCUGAGGCGCGCGGUGUCCUCGCUGUGCCUCUACACGGGGAGGGGACACCACGGCGACAUCCCGCGGGGGGCCACCCCCGGCCCCCGCAGCGCCCCGGGCCCGGGGGGGCUCCGGACGGGGCCGGGCGGGGUCCCCGAGGGCUGCCGGGGGGACAGCGACACAGACACGGGGCGGUGGUGGCUGUCCCCGAGGCCACCCCGUGUGGGGACAGCUUGGGGACACCCCGAGCGCUCCUGUCCCCGUGGUCGGGGGGUCUGGGGGCGCGGGGGGGCUUCGUCCCCGGCGGCAGCAGCGCGGGGGGACACAGGGGACCCGCGGGGCCAUGUCACCGUGUCCCCGCACGCCGGCAGGGUGGCGAUCACCCCCCAGCGACCCCCGGGCCACCGCGGCCUCCCCUCCUGGUGCCACCCGGGGGGCACCGCGAGGGCCGGGGGACACCGCGCUGGGCUGCGGGGGGGUCCCCCGGGGCCGCAGCCCCCCGGGAGGGUCCCCUCGCCCCCCGACCCCCGCGGAGCGGCGGAGUCCUUCGAGCUGGAGGAGGUGCCGAGCGAGGAGGAUGACGAAGAUGAUGGUGAUGAGGACGAUGAGGAGGAUGAUGAUGGUGAUGCCCCCGAGGAAGCCGCCCCCUCCCCCCAUCCCUUCAUGAGGACCCGAAGGAGCUCCCCGCUCCACGGGCGCUCCCACAGCAGCGGCUUCGGGCCGGAGCCGCUCCCGGCCUCGCCACCCCCGGCCCCGACUGCGUGACCCGGGGCCCCCUCAGGAGGACGUGUGGCCUCGGCCGGGUGUCCCAGGGACGUUUUGGACACGCGUGUGACACGUGUGCGUGUGUGUGUGCGUGUGUGGGUGCACGUGUGGGCGUUCGGCACAGAAAAACCUCCGCACUCGGCGUUUGGCCCCAUUUUUUUGUCCCUCCCUCGUCCCCCGGCCCUGUGGCUCGGGGCCUGCAGUGGGGACGUGUCCCCAGCCCUCGGGGACGUGUCCCCAGCCCUCGGGGACGUGUCCCCAGCCCUCGGGGACGUGUCCCCAGCCCUCGGGGACGUCACUCGCACUUUGGUUGGUUACACUAGAGAGGGGUGGGGACACAAUAAAGUCCCCCAAGCGAU